GUGAAAAAUGGCAAACUUUGUAUUCUUGAACCUUCUCCUGGCUUUUUAUCUCUCUUGUAUUUUUUCUCUUUCAAAUGCCCAAAAUGCAAUCCAAUUGCCAUUGAAAUCUGUGAAUUUAGGAAAUUGGCUUGUUAUUGAGGGUUGGAUGAAACCUUCUCUCUUUGAUGGAAUACCCAACAAAGAUCUCUUGGAUGGAACUCAAGUGCAAUUCAAGUCCGCGAAGCUGCAAAAGUAUCUCUGCCCGGAAAAUGGAGGUGGUACUGUUCUUGUCGCGAAUCGCUCCUCUGCCUCUAGUUGGGAAACUUUUAGGCUAUGGAGGAUCAAUGAGUCGUCAUUCAAUUUCAGAUCGUUUAACAAGCAGUUUGUGGGAUUGGAGAAUCAAGGACAAGGAAACACACUGGUAGCAGUUUCAAACGACCCCGGAAAUUCAGAAAAUUUUCAAAUUGUAAGGAACGAUGCUGAUCCAAAUCGAGUGCGAAUCAGAGCAGCAAAUGGUUUAUUUCUACAGACACAAACAGAAACACUAGUGACUGCAAAUUACGAAGGCUCGACCUGGGACGAUAAUGAUCCAUCGGUUUUCGAGAUGACGAUAGUAUCUACCAUACGAGGGGAAUACCAAAUCUCAAAUGGAUAUGACCCGGAAAGAGCUUCUCAGGUUUUGCAGGAUCAUAGGAACACGUAUAUUACAGAAGAAGAUUUCAGUUUCAUGUCAUCCAACGGUCUGAAUGCUGUGAGGAUUCCUAUUGGUUGGUGGAUAGCUUAUGAUCCAACGCCGCCAACGCCUUUUGUUGGGGGCUCCUUGCAGGCCUUGGACAAUGCUUUCCAAUGGGCACAAAAUCAUGGGAUGAAGGUAAUAAUUGAUCUACAUGCAGUACAAGGUUCGCAAAAUGGAAACGAGCACAGUGCCACAAGAGAUGGGUUUCAAGAAUGGGGAUCAGAUUCCGACAUUCAAGAUACAGUAGCAGUCAUAGACUUCCUAGCUGCAAGAUAUGCCAACAAUCCAAGCCUGGCAGCAAUAGGGUUGAUGAACGAGCCCAUGUCACCGGGGGUCACUCUAGAAACACUCAUCAGAUACUACCAAAUGGGUUACAAUACAGUGCGGAAGUACACAUCGAAUGCCUAUGUGGUCCUGUCGAACCGCCUGGGACCCGCCAAUUCAAAGGAGCUGUUGUCGUUUGCUGGAAGUCUGAGUAAUGUUGUCGUUGAAGUUCAUUACUACAACCUCUAUUCGGAAUCGUACAGGAGGAUGGAUGUACAACAAAACAUUAACUUCAUCUACCACCAGAGAUCAUCUGAUCUAAGUGCUCUUUCCGUUCCCAAUGGCCCACUUUCUUUUGUUGGGGAAUGGAGUGGAGAAUUUGGGACACCAGUUAAGUCAAAGGAAGACUACCAAAGGUUUGCUGAAGCCCAAUUAGAUGUCUAUGGACGUGCCACUUUUGGAUGGGCCUUUUGGGCUUACAAGUGUGACGCCAACCUCUGGAGCCUCAAGUGGAUGAUUGAGAACAAUUACAUAACGCUCUAGAUUUGAAUUUGAGAAAUUUUGAGGAAUGCCACGAAAAUCAUGAUCCUCUGGAUUAAUGCCAUAGACAUUGAAGUGUUGGUUUUGUGUUAGACUAGUCAAAGGUCUAACGACAAAGAAGUUGUGGCAUGCCACCUAAUUUUCUUUUUAAAACUCAAUGCUCGUUUUCUAGUUUUCUCAUUUACAUAUGACUUUUACAAUGAAUAACAUUAGAGUUCAGAAUGGCCC